GGCUGCUCGGCGUGAAUGGAUUCGUGAUUGGACAGUUAAUGAGUUUGUUUGUGGUUUUGAUCAUAACUUCCAUGGUUAAUUUUUUGGUAAAUCAAGAUGGUGAGCACUGGCGAGUUUUACGCGGGGUUUCAGCUGUUUUAUCCUCUCGUUAACUUGACGGGAUUGCCGAUCGACCAGAUCAACUUUCUGCUGUGUCAGCUGAUUGGACUUGGGUUGGCUAUCCCCUUCAGGAAAGUAUAUGGCCCCAAGACGACCAGUGCAACUAUUCGGCAUGCCAUAGAGAUUGUUGUUGGAUUUACCCUGACAUUCUUCUGCUUUGGAUAUCAAAUAUGGCACCUGUUCUUCCUGUCACUGGUGUGCUACUUGAUCAUGCUGAUGGGCAGUCAGGAGUGGAUGCACAAGGCAGUGUUUGGCUUUGCUAUGCUCUACCUCUCCGUCACACACAUCUUCAGGCAGAUCUACGACUACGGCGGAUACACACUCGACAUCACAGGGCCAAUGAUGAUCAUGGUACAGAAGUUGACAAGUCUGGCGUUCUCCGUCCAUGAUGGCACAGUGAAGUCUGAGGAAGAGCUGUCUGCAGACCAGAAGAGUCAGGCAGUCAGGAGCAUGCCAGGCCUGUUGUCAUUCUACAGCUACCUCUUCUCCUUCCAUGGCAUCAUGUGUGGUCCCAUGGCCUUCUACUCUGACUACAUCGCCUUCAUUGAUGGACGAAACUUUAGUGAGCCCACGAAGCCAUCCUCUGUCAAUGGAAAGUCUGACAAACUGCCAGAGGAAACAGAGGACAUUUUCCAGACAGAUAAAGUUGUGCUGGAAAAGUUCUGUAUAACAGCUUUUAUUGGGUUUCUCAUGGUCUUUGUCACACCACAUCUCUACAAUCUUAAUGGCCUCACAAGUGCCGCAUUUUACGAGAUGUCUUUCCUGGGCAGACACAUAUACUUGUUAGUGUCAAUGACAUUUGCCAGGUGUAAAUAUUACUUUGCCUGGAAACUAGGAGAGACUGUAAAUAACGCAGCAGGGCUGGGCUUCACUGGUUUCGAUGAGAAAGGCCGGUCCAACUGGGACCUUGUUAAUAACUGUGAUAUAUACAAGUUAGAAACAUGUAAUAGUUUAAAGCUGAACAUGGACAGCUGGAAUAAGACAACGAUGACCUGGUUGAGACGGACGGUGUAUGAUAGGAUGCCCAAGUUCAACACUCUAGCCGUCUUCUCCGUCAGUGCUUUCUGGCAUGGAUUCUAUCCAGGCUACUACGUAUGUUUUGCCACAGGAGCACUACUCACAGUUGCAGCAAGAUAUGUAAGAAGAAAUAUUAGGCCAAUGUUCCUGAAAUCCGAUAGCCUGAAAGCCUUUUAUGAUGCAGUUACAUUUUUGUUCACUCGUAUGGCAAAUGUCUACAUGUGUGUGCCAUUUGCCAUCCUAGAGUUUGUGCCUGGUCUAAAGUUAUACACAUCGUUUUACUGGUGGAUGCAUAUACUGUCUAUUGGUGUUAUAGUGUAUUAUACCUUCAUUGCACCACCGAAACGACGAAGUCAAGACAAGAAACAGCAGUGAUGUGGACACAUUUUAGGUUGAACCUCAGUUGAUCUCCCACACCAGGAUAAGCUAUACCUCAUCCCGAGGCCAGUAGGACGAGUUCAGCUGGUACAGAUGACGGGGGCCGGGGAAGUGGAUCAGCUGCACUACUUGGUUCACUGGAAGCAUGUGUGUGUGUCUCUCUGCUGUGUGAGUGUGUAUGUGUGACAAGAGUUUUCAAAGAUAACUGAUUGGGAGACUGCAUCACGGGGACAUUAACUAGUAAAACUGUCACAGCUUGUUAGAGUGCUGUAUGACAGAGAACCUUAACACUGGAUUGGUUUUCUGAUAAUUCUGCACAUGUCUUGAAGUUUAUGCUGAUAAUAGUAUGGGUGAUGUUUUUCAUGUUUGUGUGUCUCACUGCCCAUAAGUCUACUGGUUACACACUAAACCCAAAAUCCCAACCCCAAGUUCUAUACGUUGACUACCAACCAACAUACCAGGGAUUUGCAUUUGAAUCACCCUCAGAUCAACCCACAUCAUCGUUAAGCAUUAAAAAUGUGAACAAAACACAUUUUACUGAAGUCAUCAAAUUGGGCUUUUCAAUCUGGAGGGUUUUGUGAAACACAAAAAGAGAAAACUGCCUCCUUAGCCUUUAAUCUUAUGGACAGAUUCCUGAGGAACAACAACUGCAUAAUUUAUACUUCGGUCUUAACCUGUUGUUUAUGAGUUCAUUAUCAGAUGUUAUAUAUCCUCUGUUCUUACACACAAUAGAAAUGUCCCUGUUUAUUGGUAUUUUGAACAAAAGCUCAGCUGACCAGAACAACUUACCUUUUAACUUACCUUUACCAUUUUCUGAAACCAUAUCCCAUUUUUUACAUAGAUACUCCUCAAACUUUUACUUACUGCUUGGGAGAGAUGGUAAGAAAACAUAUACUAAUGGAAAAAUGUUCCUGUACAUCAUUGACAGUCAUGGCAAAUAAUAACUAAAGUAGACAGAGAUGGAACUUCCAAUAAUAUGUUGAUGUCCAUGAACAAUGAAUGGCAACAUAUAUAUCCUGGGUAAAUGUUGUCUCAGACUGAACCUGUUGGUCAGUUGUCAGUCCACAGGUCAUUAUCAAGUAUGUCCACCAAGGUAGUUACACAAGCUUGACAACGCUGAGAAGUUGAUGGUACAAGAUGGUUGCAGAAGGGUUGUUGGACGUCAUUCCAAAUCAGAACAAAGGUCUAUCACAGCUGGGCUGGUUUAGAAGUUGGCAUAAAUGAUGUUUCGUUUUAUCCCACACGUUUGAUUGGCAGUUGAUCUGGCCCACACGUUUGAUUGGCAGUUGAUCUGGCCGACAUGACAACUCAGGGUGGGUAUUGUCCUGCAGUUAAGUAUGUGUCUAUGGGCCUACAGGAAAAGGCUAGACAGCUUUAUCUCAGUACCGUUCACUUGUCAUAUUACCAUUGACAAGGGGUGCUGUUAUGUGAGGUAAUGCUUCCCACGCCAUUAUACUCCCACAACAGAAUGUAGAACAUUGCACAACAUGCCAUCGUAAUGUUCAACCAACAACACAGAUCAGUGCAACGCUCCAUCUAACCUCAGUUAUCACUGAUGGCAUUUACUACUGUAAAAUGAAACCUGACUUCUUCAUAGACGACGACUGACCCCCAGUCUCAUAACCUGAACCUCAGAUGCUGUCUUUGGAGUCGAAAUUGGAUGUACAAUGUUCGAUAAAUGCCAAAACACCGACCGUCAACAUUGUGUGGUUCUGGCUUCCUGUAUGCCAACUGAAGCAAUAACUUAUUCCAGACUGGCAUGGUAUGUUGUUUAUGAUGUUUGGCUGUCAACAGAGUUGCUUUUCACAGUUCAAACAAUUCAACAAUUUACUGUAUAUUUGAACAGACGUAGUCAGUUGUUUACUGUGAUUGUGUGAAAGUGUUGACUCCUGCAGUACAUACAAUGAUAGUGAUGUGCAUGUAAGUUUAGGGUCAUCAUGGGUAUUCAUUGCAUUACAAAAUCAUGGCAGUUAUUUUAUUUCAGUGUGAUGUUUUAUGGUGCACAGGAAUUGUUUUUCCACUAGUAUUUGUCCAGUCAAGUACUGCAUCAGUGAUCUUGGAUGAUCUUUUAGGAUGUGGAAUGACUGAUAUGUUAUCAGUAGUGACUGGGGAAGGAUACAGGAUAAGAUGACUUGAUCUUUCAGAUUGUCUGCAUGAUAUUCAUAUAUACAUGAAGCCAUUUCAAAGUAGCAAGCAUUUCACCGAUUUUAUGUGUAUACCUUUUAGGGCAAAUGAAGGAAUGAAUUAACCUGACUACCAAAGGGAGUUGCCAGUGUUGUCACGACAAUCAAAUAUUCAAUAUGCCCUCCGCAAGGCUCCAAUUAUUGUCUGCACCAACCACAACAUUCAGAGAGUCAUUAGUCAUAUGCUAGUCAGUCAUUUGCUUCUGCUGCCAUUUAUUUUAAUUGUCUUAACCAUGCUUAGAAAGAAAAUACUAACAAAUGCAAAAAUAUUAACUUCUUAUUCUUCACAUAAAUUUGGAAAGGAUUGUUAAAGUGAUGUGUGUUUUCAGUACUGAAUUUGAAAACAACUUACGAGCCACGUUUUAUAUGUGUUAUUGAUAGUUCAUUAGAUUGAGCCGUCAUUGAGCUUAACAAUGAAACCAUUAAUCUUAAACAGAGGCUUUCCUCCAGUCAUGAUCAUUGCUGUACUGGUUCGAUGCUAUUUGUUUAUUAUUAAAGUGGCUUUGGGUUGGACCCACAAAUAGAAAUGUAUCAAAUUUUGAUAUCAACAGCACUUUAUUAGCCCAGACCACUUUUUGUGACAUGCCUGUAUUUUUGCAUUGCAUUUUUUAUCAGACUGAGCUCCAACGGAUGGUCAAGUACAAAUCUUGUGAUUCCAAUUGCAUUUAUUUGUCAUUUUGAGGCAUUAUAUUUUGCAGUUAAUUAUUCAUGAGUUAUGAACAUAAUUACCGGUAGGUAAGCCGUCCUAUUUUAAUUUCAUUAAAUUUAUGUGUAUGUUAAGAAACUAGAAAUGCUGGUUAUGUUUGUAUCAUUUCUCUAAUUCUGUCAAGGAAAUGAUGAAGUAAGCACAAAUAUGGGGUUUGGUUGGAAACUGGGACCACAGUAGCUCCUCUCUACAACAAGCUUAAAACCUUGUAGAUGUAGGAUUACUUGCAUGCUGCUGUAGUUCGGCUUUAUAGUUCAGCAAAAUACACAUGAAAUGGAUUACUCUGAAAUUACAUCAAAAUGUUACCAAUGUAACUUAUCAUUUUUACAAUAUUUCACUGAAGACGCUAUAGUGUAGGACCUUUUAUGAAGUAAACAAUAUUUAAUGAAUGCAGACAUUAUGUGAGAGGAUGUUUUUCCGUGUAACAGUUCUCUCCCUUUGGAUAUUAAAUGCUGAAGACAUUAUGUCAGAAGAUGUUUUUUUCCAUGCAGCAGGUAUCUCCCUUUGAAUAUUAAUGAAUGAAGACAUGUUAGAUGAUGUUGUUUUUCGUGUAAGAGUUAUCUCCCUUUGACUGGUUGUGCUGACUGUCAAUUCCAAAGAGUGUUUGGAUUCCGUAGAACUGGAUACUGCUGUGACCAUCACAUAGACCAUCACUAUCUAUUACUGAACUUUCCCCACACCUGGGUCUCAGCAGAUAUGAUUCCACUGUGUAUAUAGUAAUGUGUAUUGUACAUAUAUGACAAGUCAAACUGGUAUGUCGUUAGUGUAUUGAAUGACUUUGUAAUUAGUACUAUACCCAGUACUACCCACUACUACCCACCUACGUCACUGAUGAGAUCCUGCUUGUUAUAUAUUUUCUGAAAAGUGAAAAAAAUAUUACUGUACAUAAUUAAUUGAUGUCACUUCCUUAUUAAUAAGUGGCAAUUUUGUCUUAUUAAGCAAUACACUAAUUAUAGCAUUUCUUUCAUUACCUCCUUUGUCUUGCAUAGGAAUGUCUCGUUAUGUUGAUUGAACUUAGUGUGUUUAGACAAAAUGAAAUAAGGUUUUGACAGAUUGUUUCCCUUUUUGUUUUGAAAAACAAACGUUUAUCUUCAGUGUUUAAAAUGUAGAUACAAUACUGAUGGAUUUGAUUUAACAAAUUCGAAGUGACUGAAAACAUUACUUGUUUGGUACAUACUCACAUUAAAACUACAUGUAUUGUAUCUUAUCUCUUCAUCUUCCUUCACCUACCAAUACGCUGACACUCCCUUUUUUGCCAUGGCCAUAUAUAUUUUUCCAAUCACUGAUCUCUUAUUUAUUGGCAGAUUGAAUAACAAAGCAUGCAUAUCCCCAUAACACUUCUCGAAGAAUAUGUUCAUAACUGGUCAAGUAUAUAGUAGAUUUUGUACCAUGUGUUUGUAUUACUGUAAUUAGACUUGAGGAAUAUUUUGCAUAAUAUUAAUUUGACGAAAACGUUCUGUGAGAUGAACAUUUCAGCUUUUGUUCAUCAACUGGUAUACAAUGACCUGCACUGUCUUGCAUUUAAUCAGCCAACAAUUUCCCUGACAUCUUUAAUUAUCCAGGGUACAUAGACUCCAUUCUGUUAGCCUAAACACAGGGCCACUCGCCACCAUAUUUUGGUUUUGAAUCUGGUUUAGAUGUUGAAGAAUAAACAUCAGGUUACAUUAUUAUUUUGGUCAUAAUUCUAACAAGUAUCACAUGUACUGUAGCUUUACUUGUCACACAGAAGACCCAGGUUCUGUUACAUGCUUGGGUAUAAUGUGUCAAGCCCAUUUCUG